CGGCACGGCCGAGCAGCAGUGAGAGAAGUCCACGGCGAGCCUCAUUGACUCAUUGAUUCACCGCGCUGCUGCCACCGUGACGCGGGCUGGCUUCUUGUUUUAUCCGCCCUCUCCCCUCCCUUCCUCUCACCUCUCCCUCCUCUCCCCUCCCCUCAUAGACUCAUCCAUGGUCAUAGCAUCUACCUACCAGCCAGCCAUAUCGCGCUUCGCGUCUCUCCAGCUCAGCAUGUCGCUCCCAAUUAAUGCAUUAUAAAACGGACCCGGCUCUGCAUCCCAUGUCAAAGUUUUCACGCUGGUCAGAGUCAGAGCAGCAUGUGGCAUUGUGGUUGCUCCAGGAAUGUCCAGGACUAUGACCCGACUCUCGCACAGUUUGAAUCAAACAUUUAACAACCCUCUUUCUUUCUACGGCCGUUGGACUAUCGACAGGCGAGCGGCUUUCUUCCCAUCCUGCUCCCAAGUUGUUUGGCAAGUUAGUCCUCACGUGACCCCACGGUGUUUGACCCGGGACAGAGGCUCUGCUGUGUACAGUACAGGUGUUGGCGGCCCGAGUAGUGAGCAGACACAGUAGUAGAGGGACAUGGCAGACCAAGAGGAGCAGUUUGGAAGCUCGUCACAAGUUUAUGAGGACAGACAGCUCUAACAUGACGACCAUGUCAACGCCUCCCUCGUGCAAAGAGCUCAUUACUUAGAAAAAAACGUUCCCUACCCCGGUUUUUGCCUCAGCGAGUCCAGAUGACCCAAUUUGUCCUUCUUUCUUCUCCAUUCGUUCCUUUCUGCUUGACUGGUGGCCUGUCGGCACGGGAUUACGCGUAAGAAGAAGCCAGUAAUUGUCUCAAUGAGACAGAUAGAAAUGGCUGUGUGACUGUAACCCGACGUUGGAUAUCAAAUAUACCAGCAAUGCGAACUCUCAAAACAGAGCAAAAAAAUCCGUGUUCAAAGAAGUAUGGGUGAUUCUUCAACUGACAGUUACUGUGCCAAUUUUUCAAAGAUCUUGUUUUUAUUUGGCGAGUCGGAAUUUUAAUCUUUCUCGGAAGUCAUGCAAAAUUCCACCUCUUUCCCAGUGUACAAUUUCACCCUGUUUGGCGAGGUACCAGAGUGGACCCGAAUAAUUUACUUCACCUACCUGUUCCUUGUCUACGCCUUGGGCAUUCCUGGCAACCUGAUCACGGCUAUCAUCUAUUGGCGCACUCGGCCGAAGUCGGCAUGUGACUGGCUGAUUCUGUCCAUGAGCUUGGCUGAUUUAUUUGUGUGUUUCUGGGUACCAUGGCUGUAUUUCCGUACCGAGUAUCCCCUGGAGAUCUCCUUCAUGUCCAGUUCUAUAUGCGGCCUGGAGACAUCUCUCCAGCUCAGCGCCAUGAUGGCGUCACUGGGAAUGCUCGACGUCAUUGCUCUCGACCGGUAUGUGAAAAUCUGCCACACCCGGCUCAAGUCUCUCACUCCGACCGCCUCGAGGAAUCUGUGCAUUUUCCUUAUCCUCCUGGCAGUGGCCCUCUCCGUGGCGCCCGGUCGAGACGCCGAGAUGAACAUGAACGCUUCGUGUCGCAUCUACCACGACUGGGGCUUCACGUCGCACAUGCGAGGCUACUAUACCAUGUUCUUCACCUUUUACGCCCUCAGCUUCUGCAUCAUCAGCUUCACCUACGGCAACAUCAUCAUCACGAUCGGCCGGAAGGUAAGGAGGAAACAAAGACUCAUCCAGAACGACGGUCUACGCUCUCAGGACCCGGCCACUGCUGCCAACGGAAACUGUGACACCAGGGAGGCUGUUGAGAACGAGACGUGUGGUCAGGUCAACGACCCCGGUAGUCGGAGCCGAUGGAAGGGCGCAUGUUGUAGAUUGUUCAGUGCCAAGGCCAAGGCCAAGACCAAGGCCGAAUCUGUGUACGCAGAAGAGCAGGGAGAGCCAGAAUACGAGAUGCGUCUCCAACACGAAAAACGAAUUCAAAAUCCGGAGGGAAAUCAAAGUGAGGCAAUAGUUGAUUUACACAGGGGUGGUCACACAGAUGUAGAAACCAGCGAGAACUGCAAACUGCUGCCAGUCCCCAAACCAGGCGCUCCAUCCUGUCAAAUUCUGCCAAAGAACGCUGGAAAGGGAGAUAACUUGGUCAGUAAUUGCUACCAUCCUCAAGACUAUUUACCAUGUACAACGAAUGAGAUUAGAGGAGAUACAGCAGAAUAUCUGAUAAAACAUUCAAAUUCAGACAUACAAGAUAAUGUCUCCCCUGAUGUCCCCCGAGAGCCGGAUUGGGAUACCCACAGCCACAUCCUACAGAGGAUUGCCGAGCCUGUGGGGAAUACUGAUGGACACGAAAACUGCCUUACAUCGAAACCACCAGCAGACAAUGGUGUUUACGAAAGGGCUGUGUUGGAUUUGCAUGCUAACUCUCAUGAUAAUUACCAACAACCUAAUGAUUACAAUGCUCCAGGUACCGAUACUGAAAGACACGACCAGAUAGACUUAUCGAUGAUUCUAUUGAUGUUUUGGGGGAAGGAGACGACAAACAUUUGA